AUGCACGCGCGCGGCGUCGUGCACCGUGACUUAAAAAUGGAAAACAUCAUGUUGGACAGUACUAAGCAAUUCAUCAAAAUAGUCGACUUCGGACUUUCAAAUAUGUGGAGCGGCGGGGCGGCACUGCGGACUCCGUGCGGAUCGCUGGAGUACGCGGCCCCUGAACUCUUCGUGGACGGUCGGCGAUACGGACCUGAAGUCGACUUAUGGAGCAUAGGUGUGAUCGUGUACGGCAUGGUGACGGGCGGGCUGCCGUUCACUGGCGCGGAGGGCGGCGAGGGCAAGUCCCGGCCGCAGCUCCGCGCCGCCAUCUCGCGCGGCUUCACGCGCAAGCAGCGCGCCGCACUCGCCUGCGUCACGCCAGAGUGUAAGGCGUUUAUUCAACAUCUGUUGGAGCCAAACGUAGAGCUCCGGAUGAAGAUAGAGGAAGCAUCUCGUCAUCGCUGGGUGCGGAGACCUGGCAUGAGGAUGAAGACACAUCCGUUCGGCACUAUAGACCCGGUCGUCAACAGAGAGGUACCACCCCGACCGCCCCGCGACACGUUGUUGACCGGCGUCAGUUAG